AAAAGAAGUGAAGAAAGGAAAAAACAGCUGUGAGGAUAACAACAGUGUCAGUUUACCGGGUUUUAUAAUGACCACUUUUCUUUAUCUAAUCUUUUAUUAGUUUGUAAAGACUUUUAAUUAGACAGGAACUAUUUAACAAGGCUGUCUGUGUGGUGAGGAUUUCCCCUCCAGAUUCUUUUGUGGAGCUGAACUGGAUGUCUAAUUAUUUCCUUUUCAAAUUCAAAAGAUAAAAAAAACAAAUCCUGCUUCCAUGCAAACUGGUGUCAGAAGCCAUGAAGUAUCAGGGCCGACGCUACAAAGAAAGAGCUCCUUCUCUCUCUUCUCGGCAACAGAGGCGUGGAUAUUUACAGGGAAAAAGCGAAAGCAAAGGAAAAGGGAUGUGGACUCGCUCAGUCUCUGCAGUCUGGACAUCAACGAGCCUAGCAACAAGCGAGCGAAGCCUCUGAGUCGGGUCACAUCGCUGGCUAACCUCAUCCCGCCGGUGAAGGCUGCUCCGCUGAAACGUAUCGGACAGACGCUGCAGCGCUCCAUCAGCUUCCGAAGUGAAAGCAGGACCGAGAUUAUGCCUCCUCGUCCAUGGAGCAGACAGGCACCAGCGGCCAACACUAAGCGCAGAGACAGCAAGCUGUGGAGUGAGACCUUUGAUGUAGGACUAGGACAGAUGCUGUCCUCUAAAGAGAUAAAAAGGCAGGAGGCCAUUUUUGAGCUGACUCAAGGAGAGCAGGACCUGAUUGAAGACCUCAAGCUGGCCAAAAAGGCUUACCACGACCCCAUGCUGAAGCUCUGCAUUAUGACGGAACACGAGCUCAAUCAGAUAUUCGGCACCCUGGAUUCUCUCAUCCCAAUGCACGAAGAUCUGCUGAGUCGACUGCGAGAAGCCAGGAAACCUGAUGGCUCUACAGACCACGUGGGACACAUUUUAGUCAACUGGCUGCCCUGUCUAGACUCCUACAACAUCUACUGCAGUAACCAGGUGGCCGCGAAAGCCUUACUGGACCAUAAAAAGCAGGACCACCGGGUACACGACUUCCUGCAGCGUUGUUUGGAGUCGCCCUUCAGUCGCAAGCUGGACCUGUGGAACUUUCUGGACAUCCCGCGCAGCCGGCUUGUCAAAUAUCCACUGCUGCUGCGUGAGAUUCUCAAACACACACCUAACGACCACCCGGACCGGCAGCAUCUGGACGAGGCUAUCAACAUGAUCCAAAGCAUCGUGGCGGAGAUCAACAUCAAGACGGGCGAGUCGGAGUGCCACUAUUACAAAGAGCGUCUGCUCUACCUGGAGGAGAGCCAGAGAGACCUGCUGAUCGACAGCUCUCGCAUUCUCAGCUGCCACGGAGAGCUAAAGAACAACAGAGGAGCUAAGCUCCACGUGUUCCUGUUCCAGGACGUCCUGGUGAUCACACGGGCCAUCACGCAUAACGAGCAGCUCUGCUAUCAGCUCUACCGGCAGCCCAUCCCGGUGCGGGAUCUUGAGUGGGAGGACCUGCAGGAUGGCGAGAUCCGUGUAGGCGGAUCAAUCAGAGGGGCUUUCAGCAACACUGAGAGGACCAAGAACUUUUUCCGGGUGACGUUCCGGAGCGGAGGUCAGCUCCAGUCCCACUGCUUUCAAGCCAGUGAUGCCUUCAACAAGCAACAGUGGCUGAACUGCAUACGGCAGGCGAAAGUAGCGACCGGCUCUCAGCCUUUCCAGCACUCGGCUCCCGCUCAGGACAAAACCGAGGAGCGCAUGGACCAAACCGACAGCGACUCCUCAGACUGUAGCAUGGACACUAGCGAUCCCACUGCUGAGGUUGGAACGCAACUGAUGGAGCACACGCACGUGUGAACGCCGCACUGUCGCCGUAACGUGACCGGUCACCCGCAGUCAUCUCCACUCACCAAGCCAACCUGUACAGUAUUGUCAUGGAGAAAGCCGUCUGUACUAGCCACAGAGUAGAGAGAGCACUACAUUUUCCACCACUACUUUAAUUUUCAUGUCUCUUUCUAUCGUCAGUGGCGCACUCUGUCGCACUUCCAACUGUGAAACUGUGUCAGGUUUCCCUGUCGUCUGAACAGGACUCGGAAGAGGUGAAGGGGACUCGCUGAGUUUAUCAUUCCUCGUAGCGAGAAUGAAAAGCAGCCCUCUGAGGAGAGAAAAGAUUCCAUAUUAAUUGAUUGAUGUAUUAUAUUUAUGUACUGUGUUAUGUCUACAGUAGCCACCCAGACAAAACGACCAGAGGAAUGUUUUCAUGACAAUCAAGAAGCGGAGUUUUGGUGGUUUACAGUGUUUUAAAGCCUAUACGGAGGUUUCUACACUUACUCGAGACAAAUCAAGUUCUCGAGAUCACAAAAGCAAGACAAGAGGAGAACAAAGCCAAAAGCAUGCAGCUCGGUGAUGAGCGUGUUUCUACACGUCUCGUGUAUGUGUAUGUAUCUUGACAGAUAAACCUGUGUUGUACAGAAAAGCAGUUUAUAUGUUAAUUCACUCAAAGCUGUAGCCAUCAUGCUGUCUCCCACAAAGACCAGGGUUAAUUAGGUAAGCGGUGUCCCACCAGACAAUGGAGAUUUAAAGCACUUUGAUAAUUAAAAAUCUUGGCCUUCUUGGCAACAAAAAAAGAAUUUUAAUCAGGUAACCAUAUAAUAAAAAAAAAAAAAAAAGAAUAACUGUAGCCGAUGCUCUCACUUGGUGUAAAGUCGUAAUCACUUGUGCCAUGCAGCUCAGCACAACUUGUCUUUUUCCAAGUGUAGUGUGUAUAUGUAUUUUGGUGUGUGUGCCUAGGAAAAGCAUUGCCAAAAAGGUGUUUUAACCCUGUGUGAGUUGACCUGUGGGCUCUCGUCGUCUUGGGGAAAAGGCAUCGCCACCAGAGAAAUUAUUUCAAAUACAGUAUAAUGUUUUUACCAAUUUAUUAUUUUUCUUGUCCCCCCCCCCCUUUUUUUUUUUAAAGAAAUGUAUUAAAAUUUAUGCAGUAGUGUGUUUAUUUAUAGCUAAUUUUUCACUUGACCUAACUAUGCUGUUCUUUUAUUUUAAGUGCUCAUAGAAGAGGAAAAGUGUUACUGCAGGUGAGCGAAAUAGAGUUUAUACAGAAAGACGCAGUUUGAGGCAAUGGAAGCAAAGCCAUAUGGAGGGAUAUGUGAUCAUGUGACGAGUAAAGUUAUCACAGUAUGUGUGUAUACUGAUGGAAAGCUGGAAAGUGUGUCAUGAGUACCAAAUAAAUGAGUUGAAACA